AGACGCGCGCUGCACUCGACGCCCGAUCGCCGGGAAAACACGAGACGUUUUCCUCCGUGGCGACACGAAGUUUCGAAUUCGGAACGCGCACUCGAAUUUUAAAAGUUUUCUAGUUCUCGAUUAUUUUUCACGUCUAGCGGACAGUAUUUGUAGUUCAUUUUUUAUUAGAAAAAAAGUUUGUUUGUUUUCUGAAAAAUUAAUAUUAGUGAAAAGUGUCUGGAAAAUAAACUUGUGGGAUGUUUGUGAAUUUGUCUUCGACUCUUGGUUGUGAUUUAUUGUAAAGUUGGCGUUUGCACUCUAUAUUAGAUAUUGGAGUCCAUCAAUCAAGACGCACUCCGGGAGGACAAUUGAAGCGGACCGCAAAUAGUAGCACUUAACAUGUCCAACUAGAGCCAUUCAGUGAUCGUCCGAACGAUGACAAGAGUAGUGUGAACUUUGGGACAGAGGAAACAAAUACUGUUAUCAAUGAACGACCUAAAUUACAACGCUGGGAUGAGUUCCUACCAAUUUGUCAACUCCCUAGCCAGUUGCUAUGGGAACCAGGCGCCGGGACGCACCGGCACGCCUGUGGAACAGACUGGCCAUCCAGGACUUCCGACACCUGGAGCAGACUACUACAAUCCGAACGCAGCAGCGUCGGCAUAUCCGAACGCAUGUUAUUCACCGCCGCAAGUCGGCCAUCAUUACCCACAACACCCGUAUGCGACACCCGCAUCGGGAGCGCACAUGCAACCACAAUCGAUGAUCGAUUACACACAACUACAUCCCUCCAGACUGGGCAGCACAGCCAGUCAUAUGCAUCAACACUCCAACCCGAGUCCGGGGGCUUUAUCACCCAAUUUAAUGUCAACGCCCCCGAGCCAAGCUACUGCUGCUAGUUGUAAAUUUGCAGACUCCACUUCCACAACCGGAGUUGCAUCGCCACAAGACUUGUCGACAUCUUCAGGCCCUGGGAGAACUUCGCCAGGUUUUGGUGGAGUUGGACAAAAUUCCGGCGGAACGAGCACUAAACUAGGACUGACUACUCCCAUCGCAUCUCCAGUAGAGCACAAAGCUAAUGUAAAUCAGAAUAUCUCGAGCCCGGCUUCGAGUACAUCGAGCAAUGAGAGUAAUGAGGCUAACAACUCUAGUUCAAAUAACACGAAGAAUUCUAAAUCAUCUACGGCGCAAGCGAAUCCUCCGCAAAUUUAUCCCUGGAUGAAGAGAGUGCACCUAGGACAAAGUACCGUCAAUGCCAACGGCGAGACGAAACGACAAAGAACGUCCUACACGCGGUACCAAACACUUGAGCUAGAAAAAGAGUUCCACUUCAACCGGUACCUGACGCGAAGGAGAAGGAUCGAGAUCGCGCACGCGCUCUGCCUCACUGAACGACAGAUCAAGAUCUGGUUUCAGAACCGCCGCAUGAAAUGGAAGAAAGAACAUAAGAUGGCUUCAAUGAACAUUGUCCCGUACCAUAUGAAUCCGUAUGGCCACCCUUACCAGUUCGACCUUCACCCGAGUCAGUUCGCGCACCUCUCUGCAUAGGAUCAGUGGAAUUUUUCGAACAGCGGAUAACUGAUUUAUUAAACUAGACAGUCGUCCGUCUACAACGGGGUUGCAUGUACCGUAAUUUUCAUAAGAAAGUUAAGAUACAGCAACUAGACUGGGUCAGUUAUUCGCUGUUUGAAAAAUUUCUCUAGUACCUAUAGUCUAAUUUUGUUAAAAUUGUUAAUGCGGCGCUAGGUACAAGUGACGAUAGAGACGAUGGUUCUGUGCGUCAAGCUGUGGACUUGAGUGAGUUUCAGUGAAAUCAGUGAUGGCAACAAAGCGAUAAGACCAAUUCAAUCUUCAUCUUCUUAUUCAAAAUAUUUAAAUAUCAGUGACAUCAUUUUCUCGUAAUUAUACUAUAUCAAUUGAAUUUUUGUCUUGCAGUGACACGAAUGUAUAAAUAUUUUUUUUAAGUAUUGUUUUAUCGUAUGAGUGAAAUACUCGUAAGAUAAAUACUUAAUGCGGUAAAUGUUUUAAAAUUUGACGUAGAAAGAAUUUUAACUAGUCAUAAGCUGUAAUUCGAUUUGCAUAAUAUUCCUAAAAAUGUAAGAUAUAAAACCUGAAUACUGAAUAGUGUACAUUUGUGAUGGCUAGAUUAUAAGGUAGAAGUGUGUUCUAGAUUCGUACAGCUCAAAAUGUAUAAUGAAAUAAACCUUAUUUUAUGAAUAAAAUGGCCGUCACAAGGAAAACAAAUUCGGAGAUGUACAGGGAUAGCGUAUACUUGGUGAACCCAAACAAACAAACAAACAACACAAAAUUGUAACAAAAUUUGUAAUAAGGUCGUUUCAUAACUAUCACUUUGAUGAUUUAUAAAUAAGUAAUUAGGGAGGGCUUGUAAAAGCGCUGUGAACUUAACUAGAUGGAGUAAGCUCAGUAUCUAUAAAUUUGUGAAUAGGUAGAUAUUCCUUCUCAUAAAUUAAUGUAAAUAAAAUAAUUUGUCGUUUAUAGAUACGAUAUAAAUUUUAAUAUAUUUCAGUAUACUUCCCGAAGAACUGCUUUAUGUUCCUGUCCUUAGUUGUAAAUAACAAAGUAUUUAUCGGUACGAAGUUAAUGCAGAAUACGUAAUGUCUAUUAUAAGAUACAUCUAUAGAAUUUUUUAAAGUGUCGACAACAGAUACCAGUUUAAUAUAACAUGUGGUUCUAUCAGCGUACUUUAAAUCUUAAAUGUUGUAUAAUGUACUUAAAAUAUGCUUAGUGAUUAAUACUUUUUCAUUUUCUUCUCAUAAAACGCGGUUGUUUCUACAAUAAUUUUGUGAAUUACUUUGAGGUCCGUCUUUAAAAUUUUUGUUAUCACAUUUUUUUUAUUAGAAUUGUCGUGGUCAACUGUGAUAUUUUGUUAAAUUUUAUUCUUAAGUGGAACAGCGCGAUUUGAGUUUCUUGAUUCCUUCUGAAGUAUGUUUGUAAUGAUUUUGUUUACAUGGAUGGUUCAUUUGUUGCUUUAUUUAUUGUUUGUAAAUAUUAGAUACUUGACUUAGAAUAAAUCAACAUGAUGAUGUUCAAAUUUUCAAUAGUACCUUGCGUUGAAUUUUGCUUUUAAUGAUAAACUUUACUGUGCAAUAGGACGUGGCCUAUUUUUUUGUAUUAGUUUUUUCUCAUUCUUAUGUAAAAUACUUUAAGUUACUUACGUUAUUUCUUUUUAACUAAAUAUUAAAUAUGUUUAUUGUUCAUUCCAAUUUAAAUGAGGACUCUAGGAAAGUAGCUACUUGAUCAUUUAAAUUAUUGUAUUAAUAAAUUGUAUUAAAUUUGAAAAAUUGGUGAAGAUGAUCAAAUAAAUUAUGACGAUAAA